AAACCGCGAGAGGCAGCCGGUGGUGGGAAGACACAAACUUGACUCUCCAGCCGUUGCACUUCAGAUUCACUGCUGCACCCCCAAACCUCAACCCAGACCCGGGUGAGAGCGCCGGAAGAACACCUGCGGUCCCGGUUCUGACGCGCCGCGCGCUGUCCUCGGACCCAGGUUCUGCACCUGUCAGCCUUCGCUCUUCGAGCCAGCCCCAGCACCAGUACCUGCCAAGCCCGGUGGGCGUCAAGAUGAAGGCGGCCCGCUUCGUGAUGCGCAGCGCCGGCUCGCUGAGCGGCGCUAGCCUGGUCCCCCGAGAGGUCGAGCAUUUCUCACGCUACAGCCCGUCCCCGCUGUCCAUGAAGCAGCUGCUGGACUUUGGUUCAGAAAAUGCAUGUGAAAGAACUUCUUUUGCAUUUUUGAGACAAGAAUUGCCUGUGAGGCUAGCCAAUAUCCUGAAGGAAAUUGAUAUCCUCCCUGAUCGAUUAGUAAAUACCUCUUCAGUGCAACUGGUUAAGAGCUGGUAUAUCCAGAGCCUGAUGGAUUUGGUAGAAUUUCAUGAGAAAAGCCCAGAUGACCAGAAAGCUUUAUCAGACUUUGUAGAUACACUCAUCAAAGUUAGAAAUAGACAUCAUAACGUAGUCCCAACGAUGGCACAAGGCAUCAUCGAGUAUAAAGAUGGCUGUACGGUUGACCCAGUCACCAAUCAAAAUCUUCAGUAUUUUUUGGAUCGAUUUUACAUGAAUCGUAUUUCUACUCGGAUGCUGAUGAACCAGCAUAUUCUUAUAUUUAGUGACUCAAAGACAGGAAACCCAACCCACAUUGGAAGCAUUGAUCCUAACUGUGAUGUAGCAGCUGUGGUUCAAGAUGCCUUUGAGUGCUCAAAGAUGCUCUGUGAUCAGUACUAUUUAACAUCUCCUGAAUUAAAACUCACACAAGUGAAUGGAAAAUCUCCAGACCAACCAAUUCAUAUCGUGUAUGUUCCUUCUCAUCUUCAUCAUAUGCUCUUUGAACUAUUCAAGAAUGCGAUGAGAGCAACAGUCGAACACCAGGAAAAUUGGCCUUCCCUUACACCCAUUGAGGUGAUUGUUGUCUUGGGAAAAGAAGACCUUACAAUUAAGAUUUCAGACAGAGGAGGUGGUGUUCCUCUGAGGAUUAUUGACCGCCUCUUCAGUUACACAUACUCUACUGCACCAACACCUGUGAUGGAUAAUUCCAGAAAUGCUCCUUUGGCUGGUUUUGGUUAUGGCUUGCCAAUCUCUCGUCUCUAUGCCAAGUACUUUCAAGGAGAUCUCAAUCUCUACUCCUUGUCAGGAUAUGGAACAGAUGCUAUCAUCUACUUAAAGGCUUUAUCUUCUGAGUCUAUAGAAAAACUCCCCGUCUUUAACAAGUCAGCUUUCAAACAUUAUCAGAUGAGCACCGAGGCUGACGACUGGUGUAUCCCGAGCAGGGAACCAAAGAACCUUGCAAACAAAGUAGUGGCCGUGUGAAGAGGGACACUCAGGACAUUUUAUGGGAACAAAGUGGGUCUGUGAUAGUGCUGCUUCCUGAAUGUCUGUGUGUUUUUUUCAAAAACAAAUGACAAGCAACAAGAAAUGCCCUGGUCAGAACAUUGAUCCAAUGAGGAAUGGUGUGUAUUUCUGUAACCCAGGAGAGCAUAGAACUGGACCAUGGAUGUUAACAGGUGACAGUUCCGAGGUGAUUUUAAACAUAGACUAGCUCAUGAGUUUAUGUCAGAUCCUAAAGAAGAAAUAAGCUUCAGUUUUCCAUAUUGUAUCACCAAGGAUGGGACAGGGAGUGAACGUGAAGAUAUGUUAGAAAUUUCAGUCGAUUGAUAUUUUAGGCUUCUUGUUAACAUCAAAAGAUAUUGGUAUUCAUUGGAUAAAAGCAUUGAUAUACCAGGACUUGCCUGCCAUGCAAAGGAUUAGAGCUGAGUUUACGUUAUGUGAUUAGAAAUGUAUGUACAUGUACAUUUCAUAUGUGUUUAUGUGCUCUAGAGAGGCUGGUAACUAAAAUAAUGUUCACUUUGAAUGAAAAGGAAUGAGUCUAAGCGUUUUAUUCAAAGUUGCAGCCGAGGCAUUGAGCCUAUGUGAAAACUCAGAAGAAGCUUCUUCUGAUAAGUACAGUUCCAUUAUUAUGCUGCUUUUCCUGUUCACACAGUAAGUGAACACAUUCCCAGGUGCCUAGUGUGGGUGACUUGUUAGCAUGUGCAAUGAACUCUGGAUGUUAGGGGUUGGACAGAGAGAGAGAGGAUGACCAAAGUGAUAGCAACAAUAUCUCUGACCUUGUUUUGUUUAGAACUGAAACAGUAGGUCGGUAAAACCACGUUAAGCAAAAAAUUCAUGCCAGGAAACCAACACAGUAGGAAGGGCUGUUCUCUACCUUGAAGUUGUGGUAAUCCAAAGUACCAUUUUCUAGGAUUAAAAUGAUGUAUUUUUUUAUAUAUAGUUAAUUACAUUCUCUACACUCCAGCAUUAACAUGUCUGUUAAAAGUUUCUACUUAUCUAAUGGCUCAAGAACAUUGGAAUUUAAAUACUUCUUUGGGUAUUUUUUAACAAAUAACCUGGAAGUACAAGGUUCUCAUGCCAAUGUGCUUUCAUUUGUGAAUUGUUGCAGUUGAGAACUAAUGAAUGAAAGCUAUAAUAUACAUGGUACUUUGAGCAAAUUAACGUGUAAUAUGCAGUUUGACAGGCCAGUCUUGCAGGUCACACUUAGAGAAAAUGAAAUAAAAGAGUGAAAGGAAGGGAGAUAAGGAGAUAGGAAGGGACAGAAGCAGAAGGCAGGCAUCUUUCUAUUUUCCCCCACAAGUUAUUUCCAGAAAUUAUCUAUAUUUUUAUGGAUAACUUAUUGAGAAAAAAAGUAAAUUGGUGUCUUUCAAAGGACUGUGGCUUCUUUAAAUAUGGCUCUCAUUCUUACAUAAUAGCAGGCUUUUAUGAGAUAAUAAAUUCAUCUGUGUCAAAUUAAAUACUUAAACUGAUAUGUAGAAAAAAAUUUUGGAUUUUCUGCAUU